AUGGCCGUGGAGCCCUCUUGGCCCGCCGAGCUCGAGUCGGUCCUCGAGCAUCUCUCGCAACCCGAUCCUACCCUCGCACCUCGCGGCUCCCCGACCCUCGCCCUCCUCUCCCGCCUGCACGCCCUCCUGCGCACGCCCACGCCCCGCGCCCUCGCCCACGCGACCCACCUCGCGUCGCACCUCGUCCGCCUCGCCGACGACCUCCUCAACUCGGUCCCGUACAAGGACGUCCCGCUCGCGACCCGCCGCCUGUACACCGACGCCGCCCUCCUCGGCGCCCUCGCGCGCCUCGCGCCCACCGCGACCGCGACCGCGACCGCAGCCGAGCGCGCCGCACAGCUCCACCAAGCCGUGCGCGACUGCGACCUCGCGAUCGUGAUCGCCGGCGCGCCCGGCGAACACCGCGAGGACCUCGCGCUCGACCUCGUGCGCGUCGCGCAGGCUCGUCUCGGGGCGCUCGGUGGCGAGCCCGACGACGACGGUCCUUUCCUCGUGCGCGCCGCCCUCGCCGACUCGGACGCCGUCGCGCGCUGGCGCUCGCUCGCCUACCUGCGCGCCGUGGCGGGCCCGGCGCGCGUCGUGCCCGUCGAGGUCGGCGGCGACUAUGCCGCCGAGGGGUGGAGCCAGCGGUUGAUGGACUUUGGGGCGUUUGUCGACGCGCUGGAACGGGCCGAGGAGGAGGAUGAGGAGGAGGAGGGGGAGGGAGAGGGGCGCGAGGGAAAGGAGGAGGACGAGGAGGAGGAGCAGCGCGAGCGCCCCGAGACGCUCUACCUCGCGCAGCACGCCCUCUUCCGCCAGUUUCCGACCCUGCGCCGGGACCUCCCGCUGCCGGACCUCGUCUACUCGCCGCCAGACCGCGACAACGGCGGUGGCAACGACGGCGCCGAGUACGUCCCACCGCAGAGCGACGACGGCGUCGUACUCAAUGCGUGGCUCGGGCCGCGAGGGACGACGAGCAGGGCGCACACGGACCCGUACUGGAACUGCUACGUCCAGGUCGUCGGCAGCAAGUGGGUCUGGGUCGCGCCGCCCGAGUGCGCGCCGCACAUGGCCGCGUUUGGCGGCGGCUCGACGGGCGCCGGCGGCGGCGAGGGCGAGCAGGCCGCGCAGAGCUACAUGACCAACACGUCGACGCUCGAUGUGUCGGUUCCGCCACCGCCACCGGGCCGAGCGCCCUCGCCGAGCCCGCCACCACCGCCACCCUCAACCUCGACCUCGACCUCGACCUCGUGCGCCGCACGGCCCGCCGAGCUGCUCGACGAGCCCGCGCCUCGCGCCGCCUAUCCGCCCGCGUUCCUCGCCGAGGUGCGCCCACGCGCGUUCCAGGCCGUGCUCGAGCCGGGCGACGUGCUCGUGCUCCCUCCUGGGUGGUGGCACAGCCUAGUGUCGCUCGAGACGAGCUUCAGCGUGUCGAUGUGGUUCUAGAGGGCGGCGCGGUCAGAGCGGACGGCGGUGCAACGUGCUGCAACUUUGGCUCUC